AUGUCUGCGCAAGGCUUCAAUUCACAGUCACAGGCCUUCCUGGAAUGGUUCAAUUCCAUUCCUGGCUCCACAUUCUCAGACGCGAUCGAGCUUGUCGACCUGCGCUCCGCGAAUGCUGGACGAGGAAUCAUUGCCACAAAGGACAUUGAAGAAGACAGCGUUCUCUUCACAAUACCCCGAACUCACAUCCUCAGCAAGCAGACCUCGGCGCUUAGGUCAAAGCUGCCCCAAGUUUUUGAUGCAGACCAGGCGCCUGCUGACCCAGAAAAUGGUUUCGCGGUCAAGCAGGAUCGAUGGACGUCUUUGAUCCUCGUCAUGUUGUACGAGUAUCUCCAGGGCGACGCAUCGUCCUGGAAGCCAUAUUUCGAUGUGCUCCCAGAGAGCUUCAACACGCCCAUGUUCUGGUCUGACGCGGAGCUCGACGAGCUUCAGGGGAGCGCGACACGCCAAAGGAUCGGGAAGGAGGAAGCAGAGGAAAUGUUUAGGACAAGGAUUAUACCCAUUGUCCGUCAAAACGCCUCUGUCUUCCCGCGACAAGAAGCUGUGAGUGAUGAUCAGCUCGUGGCGCUGGCCCACCGCAUGGGGAGUUUGAUCAUGUCCUACGCAUUCGACCUAGACAAGGACGACGACAGCGACGAGGAGGACGAGAAUGAGGAUGGCUGGCAAGUGGACCGCGACGAUGAGCUCCUGAUGGGCAUGGUACCCAUGGCCGACAUGCUCAACGCAGACGCUGUUUUCAAUGCCGUCAUCAACCACGCUGCCGACUCCUUGACUGCAACAGCCACAAGGCCUAUCAAGGAAGGAGAGGAGAUCCUUAACUUUUACGGUCCUUUGGCGAACUCGGAAUUGCUGAGGAGAUACGGCUACGUGACCGAGGCUCACAUGCGCCACGACGUGGUCGAGAUUUCUCCCGAGGUCAUCGAGGCAGCCGUCAAAGCAGAACUGCAAGUCGACGAUUCGGUUCUCGAGAAAGUGCGCGCAAAGCUUGAGGAGCGCGAGCUGGCCGACGAAGGCGCAGUCAUUGAAUGGGACACGGGCGCCGUGGAAGACGAUGGAACAUUGUUGGCACAGGAUCUCUCGCGGGACUCGCUCGAGGAGCUCAAUGCGUUGCUGGAGGCGUAUCUAAAAUAUGUGGAAAAGUACAGUCAAGAUCGCAAGAGGCCACGCGAGGACGCUGCCAUCAGCAUACUACGACGAAUUGUGCACGGCUUUCAGGCGAAGUAUACCACGUCGCUGGAAGAGGACCAGCGUCUCCUCGGCUCGCUGGGGGCCAUGGAUCGACGGAAGAUGGCGGUCGUCGUGCGGAUGGGGGAGAAGACGGUCUUGCAAAAGCUGCAGUCCGUGGUCAUGGGCGCACAGUCUGAUCAAGGGCCUGUUGAAGGGAGCAAGCGUGCCAGAACCUCGAACUGA